UCUCGGCCCGCGCUCGCGGAAGCCGGAAGCGGCAGCUGUCGGCUGUGCCGGCUGUAGGCGCAGGAGUGGCGACGAGUGCCCGGGAGUUCCUGGACCCCGUGAUGGAUCCGGACCCGAUAGUCGCGCCGCGAAGGUCGUCGCUGCUGUUGUGGCUACUCCUGGCGCAGCUGCUGUGGUCGCGGCUGGCGCUGGGCGCGCUCCCUUUCGGUAGCAGUACGCACAGGGUCUUCCACGACCUCCUGUCGGAGCAGCAGUUGGUGGAGGUGGAGGACUUGUCCCUGUCCCUGCUGCAGGGGGGAGGGCUGGGACCACUGUUGCUACCCCCGGACUUGCCAGAUCUGGAUCCCGAGUGUCGAGAGCUUCUACUGGACUUCGCCAACAGCAGCGCAGAGCUGACAGGGUGUCUAGUGCGCAGUGCCCGGCCGGUGCGCCUGUGUCAGACCUGCUACCCCCUCUUCCAACAGGUCGUCAGCAAGAUGGACAACAUCAGCCGAGCCGUGGGGAACACUUCAGAGAGUCACAGUUGUGCCAGAAGUCUCUUAAUGGCAGAUAGAAUUCAAGUAGUUGUGGUACUCUCUGAGUUUUUUAAUACUACAUGGAAGGAAGCAAAUUGUGCAAAUUGUUUAACGAACAACAGUGAAGAAUUAUCAAACAGCACAGUGUAUUUCCUCAGUCUAUUUAAUCACACCUUGACCUGCUUUGAGCAAAACCUUCAGGGGAGUGCACACAGUCUUCUACAGACAAAAAAUUACUCAGAAGUAUGCAAAAACUGUCUUGAAGCAUAUAAAACUCUGAGUAGUCUGUACUAUGAAAUGCAGAAAAUGAAUGAACUUGAGAAUAAGGCUGAACCUGGAACACAUUUAUGCAUUGAUGUGGAAGAUGCAAUGAACAUUACUCGAAAACUGUGGAGUCGCACUUUCAACUGUUCGGUCUCUUGCAGUGACACAGUACCCGUAAUCGCUGUUUCUGUGUUCAUUCUCUUUCUACCUGUUGUCUUUUACCUUAGUAGCUUUCUUCACUCAGAGCAAAAGAAACGCAAGCUCAUUCUACCCAAACGUCUCAAGUCCAAUACCAGUUUUGCGAACAUUCAAGAAAAUUCAAACUGAAACCUACAGAAUGGAGAAUUGACAUGGUAUCACACAGAUGAGUGAUGGAAGAUACAACUUGGUCAGAAAGAAGAUAAACUGUGAUUUGACAAGUCGUGUUCUUAAGAAAUUGCAAGGACUUCGGGUUUAUUUUUAAAUAAGAAUUUUCCAUUUUUCUUUCCUUUUCAACCCCCUUUUUAAGGAUAUUAAAUUAAGGUAUUUUUAAUUUCCAGCCAUAGUAAUGUUAUCUAUUUUAAAGUGUAUUUGUUACAGUAACAGAAAAUGUAAGAACAAUCUUUGUUUUAUUUUGUAGGCAUAUUAUUACUAUUGGAGACUUCUGGUAUCUCCUUAUUAACAUAAGCAUCUCAAGAAGAAACGUUUUUGAAAAUUAACAUUUAAAAAUUAAUCAAUUACAGCAAAGACUUCAAAAAAGAAAUAUACUUGCCAAAAAAGUAGCAGGUCCAAAGAUUAAUUUAAAUUACUCCUCAUUGCAGUAUUAUUGUUACAUAUAUAUUUAAUAUCUCACAUGUUACAAUAAUAAAUAAUUCAAUCUCUUGUUUCCCUAAAGUAAUUUUUGAAACCACUAACUAUAAACCUCCCUAAUGAUUUUUAGAAGUGGCACACUGCAUUACAUUUAUCUUUGUAAAAAGAUUUAUGGUAACUGGUUUCUUACUUGACUUUUAUAAAUAGUGUUUUGUGUCUUAUUUUUGCCUUUUUUUCAUAGUAGUAAUUUGAAAUCACUGGACUGCUUUAUUAUAUUCAGGGCAAGAUGGAUUCUUUUUAUACCAGGGUUUUCCAUUGUGAAUUACAUUAAGUUAUUUGACAGUUUAUAAUUUAUUAAAUCAAAGGUAGCAUUAUCACACUGCAUUUACGUUGUGAUUUUUUUAAAUGAAAUUUUUCUCUUGGGAAUAUAUAGGGAUUUGGGGGAGAGAAAGGAGGAGUAAAAAAGAGCUUAAGGUUCAGAAAUUAGGCAGGAACCUGAAGUAUAAAACUGUUGAGAGGUUCAUAAUGGAGGCAUGGAUCAGAAAGAUAGUCUCAUACAGAAAGCAGGUAGGUUAAGAUGAUUUUUAUUUUUUCUAAAUUAUUUAAAUCGGAUAAAAGUGAUAUUGAAGUGAAGCCACAAUUUCACUCUCACAAAUCUAUUUUGGAAUGUUUUAUUUGCCUUUAAAAAAAUUUCAGAAUUGUUCACAACUUUAUUCCUCAGGUUUUAAAAGUUUAGGAUUUUACUUAACAAUUCCUUCCUGCUUUUUUGGUGGAAAUAGGCUUCACUUAAAACAUUAAGAAUAUAAAGCCUCCUCUAUAUGGAAACAAGAAUCUGGUUAAAUAGUAAGAGAAUUUGAAUCCCUUCAAAUUCUAUAGAGAGACAAGAAAGUGUUUUUAUUUUUUUAUGUUUACUAUAUAUAUCUAUGCAGAAUGAAAGAGAAAGCUCAUUCUUAGAUGUGUAACAUAUGCAAAAGCUGUUACAGGCCAGGUUUGGUGGCUCAUGCCUGUAAUCCUAGCACUCUGGAAGGCUGAGGCAGGUGGAUUGCUUGAGCUCAGGAGUUUGAGAUCAGCCUCAGCAAGAGCAAGAUCCUGUGUCUACUAAAAAUAGAAAAACUAGUCAGGCAUUGUGGUGGACGCCUGUAAUCCCAGCUACUUGUGAGGCUGAGGCAGGAGGAUCCCUUGAGCCCAAGAGUUUGAGGUUGCUGUGAGCUAUGAAACCAUCGUACUCUAACCAGGGUGACACUGUCUCAAAAAAAAAAAAAAAAGAAAAAGCUGUUAAUAAUUUCUCUGGUCUGCUGUGACCCAUUUAAAUUGUUUUGGAGUUUGUUCAUGCUGCUGGUACUUACACACUAUCUUAAUUUGAAGCAUGUGAUUGAGAGCCUUGGAGGGCAGUCUUUAUUAACACAAAUAAAACCAGUGUACACGUGCAAAGUUAGAGAAUGACAUGUUUAAUUCUGUAAGUAGUGACUUUUUGAAUACCUUUCAAUAUUAUGUAUUUGUAAAAACCAUUGUUUUUGAAUAUAAGGCUAAUAGCACUUUAAAAACGAAAAGGCAGCCUUUACUCUUUCUGGUUGGGUCAUUGUUCUUUAGAAGUAGCAUCAAUGAUAGAGUUCAAAAGUAAGCAUUACUCGCUACACUAAAGUAUGUAAAUUUUGUGGUCAUAUUGAAAAAUUCUUUGCAUAGUUCUGAAUUGUGAGAUAUACACCUUAUAUGUUUGCCCAAGCCUAUCUUUAAGUUUUUGACACUAUAAAAUAAAGGAAAUA